AUGGAGAAUUCAAAAGUGUUCGAGUACGAAAGUGACGAAGUCUCAACAGAAAAUGUAGACGAGCGUGAUCUUUUGGAAGGAUGUACAAACGGAUUGAAAUGGUAGAUAGAGCACAAUUCAAUUUGUAUCUGUUUACCACAAAUUUUGGUUCUUCAGGUCCUGGAAAUCCUCGAUUAUUGGAGAGGAUUUGUACCUUUCGUGGAGGUUCGAUUGGAACGAUCUGAGAAAAGACGGAAUUUACGGAUUCAAGGGACGACUUUCUGCAGUUUACUGCACAAGUUACGCGUGUCGAAAGGGAUUUGAAUUAGAGCUGAAACAGUCCAGAGAAUGGAUUCAUAAGAAGAUUGGAAUCGCGGAACGAUGCAAAGUGGCGGAUAGUCAGUCGUGGUCGUUCAGUUUUUCGUUCACUUUGAAGGCGAGUCGUGGCGAAGCGCUUCCACCGACUCUCGUGCAAAACUUCGUUGCCACCGAGCUGACUGACGCGGUUCUGGUUGUCGAAGAACAUAAAUUGCAUGUCAACAAGGCGGUAAGCUGACGUUCUCCUGGUGAAAACAACAUCUUCACUUAAGUUCCUCUCCUCACACUCCGACUUUUUCAAUUCUCUCUUUUCGUCAGACUUCAAAGAGAAGUCGAUGGCUGAGAUUCCAAUCAAAGACGUCUACCACGAGGAUUUGGUCUGUCUUCUCAGUGUCAUCCAACCGCAGGAUCCUUUUGUGCCAACACGUAUGUCCUUGAAAUUCGUGAAUUCAUUCCUAAAAUCACUCCCCCAGGCCGGACAACUCCGAUGCUUCUGGAGCUCGCCGAGCGAUUCCUGAUGCCGAAGGUGACCCAAGAGUGCGAAAAGUUCCUCAUCUGGUCGCAAAGAACCUCGACUAAAGAAAAGAUCCGAUUAGGCGACAAACACUCGCUCACGGAACUCCUCGGCUACUGCAUGGAGUUGCUGAACACCCAAGAAAAAUUGAAGACCGUCGUCAGAUCCGAUAAUUACAACGACUUCUCCGUUAACACGAAAGCCCUCCUGCUCGACCACUUUAGAAGGCUGAUGAUUGGUUAA